UAGGGUGCGUUCCGUUAUGCACUGCGAGUACUGUAGUUGUGACGUCAUGUAAGCGUACUGCGAAUAGCGUUCCGUUUUAAUUUCGUGUACUUUGAAGCUGUUGAGAACUUGUAAAACGGAACGCACUCGCAGUACGCUUUCAGCAGCUCGCAUCUCGCAUCCAGUGUUGUAAUAACCUACCUAUUGUUUUGCUUAUAGUUUUAUAAAAAAUGAAUGAAAUGAAUAAAAAUAUAAUUGCAUUAAUUACGCAUACACUAAUAGAAAAUAUAGAUGACUCGAGUGAUUCUAGUAAAGACGAGUUAGAUACAGAAAUAUUGAAAGAAUUAAACCGGCGAACUCGAGUACCGAGAAUACGAUGCAAAAAUUAUGUUGAAAAUAUUGUAUCUUCAUAUUCGGAUAUGGAGUUUAAAACUCAUUUUAGGAUGAAACGCAGUACUUUUAUAUUCUUGUUAGAAUUAUUAACUCCACAUCUAACAAAAUCAGAUAAAUUUGGUCGUCACCAAAUAACGCCUGAAAAACAAUUAUUGUUAAGUAUUUGGAUGAUGGCAACACCUAAUUCAUAUAGGUAAGUAUUUCAUAAUUCCAAAUAGAAAAAUAUAUAUCAGAUAUGUAAUA